AAGCCGUCGUUAUUAGUCAUGCCAGGAUGCGCACCCGUGACUGACGCCGCGCCACACCAAGACGCUACCCUCAGCAAGGUGUCUCUUGCAACUAAUAGUACCCCUCAAGGACCUGUCUCGAACGAAACAUCUCCGCCAAAAAACGAACCUUCCGGGACAGCUUCAGAGUCGUUCGAGCAAGAUUCUCCUCGAUUGCAAAACCACCCGGCAAUCCAAUCGAAGGCUGUGGUUGCGUCUUCCAAUUUCGUCUGGUGUCGCAGCGCCGCUAUACAAACACUACCACCUAGCAAUGCGGAAGAAUUCGAGAAGAUCUAUGGCCGUCAGCCCACAAACCAAGAGCUUGUCAGCAAGGUCGGCAGCGCCGCAAUCGGUCAUUAUGUGCCGGGACCGUCAUCUAACCCUCACGAUAUCGUUUCCAGUAAGCCAUUCGCCAUCACGAUUGUCCCAGAACGAACCCCAAACUAUGCAGACUCUUCCUUCCAGACCAGUGACGUUGCACAGUGUAACAAGGCUUUGUUGCGGGCAAAGGUGAAGGCGUCGCUUUUGGUCAACAAACAGCGUGACGGUGCUCGAGCUGCAGGGUUCAGAGUGUGGUCUGAAACAAGAGACGAGUACAUCGUACAUUCAGAGCAGCUACCGAUCAACCUUCAAUUUGACACCAAAGGUAACGCAAUCGGUACGAACGUUGAUGGCUACUCACUGCCCAAUAUCUACGGUGCAGAAAUCAGCACCGGCAGGGAAGCCAAAGACUACACCUCGAGCGCUGGUAUGACUUUCACCCCGCUGCCUACGCCACUGCCACCGCCAGUCCAUGAUUCCGUCACCAAGAUGAGCACUCCUCAGCGCAUUCGUACUCUCGAGCCUCACGUACCGAGCGACAAGUCCGAUCCGCCACCAAUCGAAUGGUACGGCUAUAUCGAGCGCAUCCCGAUACGAGAUACCGUGAGGAUCGAUGGUGGAGAAUUUGAACUAGCAAAGCCUAUUGGUUCGAGGUUGAGCGACCAGAAAGCCGCAAGAGAGGAGCGGGAUAGAUUGGGCGAGGUAAGAAAGAGUGAAGAGACCAUGUUGGUCAUAGGCGGCGAGAGGUUCGCGGACAAAUACAUCGUGUAUGACGCAACAGCGUCAAAUCAUCCAAGUUCUUCAACGACAUCUGAUGCAAACUCUGAUAUGAGCAAGAAGAGAAUCUUAGAGGACGAGUGGGAGAUGAAGAUGUCCACAAGCUCACCUAAACGCACAAAAGCUUCGCCCAAACUUACGAGUUGUUUAGACCUCUCAACGAGUUCCCCUGGAGACUGCUUGGCUCGACAUCAAGGCCGAUUCGCUGAGAGAAACGACGCAAAGGGUUCUCAUAUUGACUAUAGGGAGAUUGGUGAAGAAGAGACACCACACAGGGCUCAUGAGGACAAAGCAGGCGCCAGAGGCGAGCAGAGUGAUACUAACACAUCAGCCCAACGUGGGUUCAGACGUCGAAGUCGCUCUCAUGGCGGGGGCCACGUCGUUCGUUGUGAAUCCAGAAGCAGCGUUGAACGUCAAUCUGAGGACCCAUACGAGGAAGAAGGGCUACGCCAUAACGCGGCACACGAAAGAGAAGAUGACUCACGAACACAUUGUAGAUCUUCGGGUAAGCAGAGUCGACUAGAAGACGGCAAGGAGAGUAACGGACAACACGGGGGCGUGACUAGGAUAUUAUCAGCGCGCAAGCAGGAAGAUAACCGCCGAGUGCAGCGCGCGCAGCGCAUCGAAGGGGAAGGCCCUGUGGAAACCCAGAAACAGGAGGAAUCAGAAAUUCAGCGCGCGCGUACAGCCAAGAACCAACGGAAGCUGGAGAUCGAAGAGAGAAAGCGAGCGCAAGAAGCCGAUCGACAACGUCAGCAAGAGAAAGACAGAGACCGACGCCACCGACAUGACGACUCACACGACAAGAGUAAGAAAGCACGCCGACAGACAGCGAAGCAGGACGUAGAGCCGCCUGGGCCGAUCGAUCCAUAUGCAGCGGCACGACAGGCUGAGGCAAAGCGGAGAGAGCUUGUAUUUGCAGCGCGUGGAGCCGAAGAGGCUGAUAGUCGUACGCGCGAGCGGCCUCCUGCUCGUGACGAAGGUCCAGGUAGACUUGAUGCGGAGCGAUCGAAGCCAGAAAAGACGGUUGGAGAGAAGAAGGCCACUAAGACGAGACGGAGUCGGACUGCGAGAGGUGAAUUCGAGCGGUAUGAUCCGAGGAAGAAGUUUGGAGGUGGCAAUUCAGACCGACAAGACUCAUCGAUUGCAAGACGGGAGUACUUCGCGCAGCUCCCCACUGUCAAUACAUAUGUUUGGGGGGAUGCAUCUGCCGAGAACGCAGCUUCCAACAGCCAGAUGCUGACGAACAUCCCACAGACAUUGUCGGAUGCCAUGUUUGUGACUCUGAAACUCGGUAUGCGCUACUUGUGGGUUGAUAGGUACUGCAUCAACCAAGAUGAUCCGGAAGAGAAGCACGGCGCCAUUCGUAAUAAGGAUUCAAUCUAUCGGAACGCUUUUGUAACGACCAUCGCUGCUGCGGGUAGCGGCUCGGACUAUGGGUUACAGGGGCGGUACAAAGAAUUUCCCCCCGUACAGGAUGAACGUUUCACUAUUAAUGACAUAUAUUUUCGCGUGAAGGAAUAUUAUCCUCGGACACUACGAUACGAGAAAGACGAUAUCAACGCCUUCGACGGAGUGUUCUGGACAUUGGCUGCCCGCACGCCAAAGGACUGUGUCCUGGAUUGCGGGUCCGAGCCUCAACUUUACAUGGCGCGCCGAAAUCCCCAUUUCUAUGGCAUUCCGCUCUGGCUGCAAGAACUUGAGUUAUCUAACGAUUCUGAGACUCUAGUAUUGCGUCAACCACCCGAGAUUAGCGAUGAUAACAAGGCUUCGUUGCGCUUCGGCAUCAAUCUUGGAUGGAAGGUGGGGAAAAGAAAACUGGAAUUCUCAUCUACACACACUGGAGUCUUAGCAAAGUCCACUUUUCCGUCUUGGAGUUGGGCAUCCACAGAAGAUCGGAACCGCAAGCUCGGCCAGCGACCAUUAUUCUUCUCUGGCCGUCCUGAUGUGAUCAGGAGGACUCAAAACGCUCAUUUCAUCGUUUCCAUCACGCAUAUACCUGGACAAAAUUUGAGCCUGUUUGGUUACACAGCUCAGAGGGACAACUACACCCUCUUUCAUCCCUGGAUAGAUGUUGCCGCGUACGCAUCUCGCGGCUACCUGUGGGAAGUCGAUCACCAAGAGUACGGAUUCUCCGGGCUGCCUGGUGCUGAUGUGUAUCUGGAUGAUGACCAACAAUAUAAAGCUAGGGAAGUGAGAGCCUUAUAUCUUGGCACGUCUGGACAUCCAAAUGCUCCAGCGACGAAAAAGGCUUUGUUCUUGAUACUAGAGGAAACCGAACAGCAUGCUUCCAGGCGCAUUGGACUUUGUGAGACGUAUAGCAGAGCAUCUAACAAACUUUUCGAUGUUAAGGGAGGAUUCCAAUUCUCACAAACGCAAGAGACGAAAAAUCCUGAAGCAGGAGCAGACUGGAGGCGGGAACAGUUGAGAAUUGUCUGA